UGACACUGACCCCUCUGCUGGCAAGUUUGGGCAUCUGAUUUGCCAUUACGAUCCCUGACCUCUCUGGCUUCUCUUCCUUGCCUUCUUUGCCUGUCUUUCCCUUCCUUUCAGUCAUACUUCCUCCUCCUUGCCUCCUGCCCUCCACCCUCCUGUUUCCAAGCUUCCAAACUGCUUCGACUGCUGGAUAAAAAUAGCGGUGGCAGCGGCCUGGUCAGGCCUGGAGCCAGGCCUUAGAAGGAGAGAGCUAUCAGCCAGAGAAAAGCAAGAACAGCAUCAAGACCGUCACCAUCGUCAUGACAACCAGUAACCGACCACAAGACAGGUGCAGAUGCGUCUGGCUUAUCUUCUUCAUGCUGGGUUUGGGGACCCUGCUUCCCUGGAAUUUUUUCAUGACAGCUACUAUGUAUUUCACAAACCGCCUGGCCAACCUGCAUAACACGUCCUUGGUCACUGCUGAGCCGGGUGAGGAGGUCUCGACCUCGGCCGCCCCCGCAGUAGCUUUUCCAGAGAAGAGUCGCCUCAGUGCCAUCUUCAACAACGUCAUGACCUUGUGUGCCAUGCUGCCCCUGUUGCUCUUCACCUGCCUGAACUCCUUCCUGCAUCAGAGGAUCCCCCAGAAUGUUCGGAUCCUGGGCAGCCUGGUGGCCAUCCUGUUGUUGUUCCUGAUCACUGCCAUUCUGGUGAAGGUGCAGCUGGCUGCUCUACCCUUCUUCAUCCUCACCAUGGCCAAGAUCAUGCUCAUUAAUUCAUUUGGUGCCAUCCUGCAGGGCAGCCUGUUUGGUCUGGCUGGCCUGCUGCCCGCCAACUACACAGCCCCCAUCAUGAGUGGGCAGGGCCUGGCUGGCUUGUUCGCCUCGGUGGCCAUGAUCUGCGCCAUCGCCAGUGGCUCGGAACUGUCAGAAAGUGCCUUCGGCUAUUUUAUCACAGCCUGUGUUGUCAUCAUUGUAACCAUCGCCUGCUACCUGGCCCUGCCCCAGCUGGAAUUCUACCGCUACUAUCAGCAGCUCAAGCUCGAAGCUGGGGAGCAGGAGACCAAGUUGGACCUCAUGGAUUCUUCUACAACCUGUCACCCCCCAGGAGAGGAGGUGAAGACAGUCAAAGAGGAGUCCGGAGUGUCAGCCAAUGCUCAGCCCACCACCAAAGGCCAAGCCAUCCUAGCCAUCCUCAAAAGUAUCUUAGUCCCAGCUCUGUCUGUCUGCUUCAUCUUCACCAUCACCAUUGGACUGUUUCCUGCGGUGACUGCCGAGGUCCAGUCCAGCAUUGAGGGCACCUGGGGAAACUACUUCAUUCCUGUGUCCUGUUUCUUGACUUUCAAUGUUUUUGACUGGCUAGGCCGAAGCCUCACAGCUGUAUUCAUGUGGCCUGGCAAGGACAGCCGCUGGCUGCCAGGCCUGGUGCUGGCCCGGCUGGUGUUCGUGCCCCUGCUGCUGCUGUGCAACGUCAAGCCUCGCCACUACCUGCCUGUGCUCUUCAAGCACGACGCCUGGUUCAUCUUCUUCAUGGCCGCCUUCGCCUUCUCCAACGGCUACCUCGCCAGUCUCUGCAUGUGCUUUGGGCCCAAGAAAGUAAAGCCGACUGAAGCAGAAACUGCUGGAACCAUCAUGGCCUUUUUUCUGUCUCUCGGCCUGGCGCUGGGGGCUGUAUUCUCCUUCCUGUUCCGGGCAAUUGUGUGAUCACAAAUGGACAGAAAAGACAGUCGGACUGCCUGUUCCUGCCCCUUCCUCCUUUGUUGAAUGGGUGGGUUUGGUCUGGAGGUUGUUUCUAGUUGACUUCUGCUUUCUCAAGUCCCGGUUCAGGCCCUGAGAAGGAAACCGCUGAAUGGACAAUGGAGAACAUUAGGCCUAUAGGUCAGAGUUGAGGGAGGGGAUACAGCCUGUAUCUGCUUGAGGCCCAAAUGUGGCUCUGACUGAUCCCUAUUUGAACAGAAUGGCAGAGGCUGAGAGUGAGUCAGUGUGUGUGUGUGUGUCAGUUAGUAUGUUUGUCUGUGCCAGGGGUGGCUAGGGGCCAGGACUGUGUUCUUAGGUCCCAUCAGAUAUUUCCACGCCCCCCCUCCCCCACCUCUCCAUGUUCCUCCCCUGCUCCCCCUGUCUUGUUCCUACCCAAAAUGCACUGUUAGAGAUGCCAUUUUACUGCCUUUUUUAUACUCCACAGAAACCAGUUGCCUUCAGAGGCUCUCUAAUUAAAUAAACCUUUUUUUUU